CUGGGCCUAUUGCCUUUAAUAUUUUGUGUAAUUAUGGGAUUAAUUCUUUCACCAGUAUCUUUGUUGGGCAUCUCGGGGAUGUGGAGCUCUCUGCUGUUGCCAUUUCUCUAUCAGUCAUCGCCAACUUUUCAUUUGGUUUCUUGUUAGGUAUGGGUAGUGCACUAGAAACUUUAUGCGGGCAAGCAUUUGGAGCUGGUCAGAUAGAAAUGCUAGGGGUGUACCUGCAAAGAUCAUGGUUAAUCUUAGGAGCAUCAUGUGUGUGUAUGUUGCCACUGUACAUAUAUUCCACCCCAAUACUAAAAAUGUUGGGGCAAAGAGAAGAUAUAGCAGAGCUAGCAGGAGACUUUUCCAUUAAAAUAAUACCUCAAAUGUUCUCCCUGGCAAUAAAUUUCCCCACACAGAAAUUUCUUCAAGCACAGGUCAAAGUCGGGAUUCUGGCUUGGGUGGGCUUUUUGGCACUUAUCACGCAUAUUGGUCUGCUUUUCUUUUUCGUUAGAGUUCUUAGAUGGGGGACCAGUGGAGCUGCUGUUGCAUACGACGUGUCUGCUUGGGGUGUGGCAUUGGCUCAAGUGGUGUACAUUGUUGGGUGGUGCAAAGAUGGAUGGAGAGGGCUGUCUUUGUUGGCUUUCAAAGAUUUGUGGCCAUUUGUCAGGCUCUCUGUCGCUUCUGCUGUGAUGUUAUGCUUAGAGAUUUGGUAUUUCAUGACUAUUAUUGUUAUGACAGGUCACCUUGGUGAUCCUGUCAUCGCCGUUGGCUCCCUUUCCAUCUGCAUGAACCUUAACGGAUGGGAGGGCAUGUUGUUUAUAGGGAUUAAUGCAGCAAUAAGUGUUAGGGUAUCAAAUGAGCUAGGGUCAAGCCAUCCAAGGGCAGCUAAGUACUCAGUGUAUGUCAUAGUGGCUGAAUCCCUCUUGAUAGGGCUCUUUAGCAUGGCCGUUGUCAUAGCUGCAAGGAAUCACUUUGCUGUAUUCUUCACUGACAGUGUGAAAAUGCAGAAAGCUGUUUCCGAUUUGGCCUAUCUCCUCGGUGCAACUAUGUUGCUUAACAGUGUUCAGCCUGUUAUUUCAGGUGUAGCUGUAGGAGGAGGUUGGCAAGCACUUGUGGCAUAUAUCAACUUGACAUGCUAUUACAUCAUUGGUCUUCCUCUUGGUUUCCUUUUAGGUUAUAAAUCAAACUUAGGAGUUCAGGGAAUAUGGAUAGGCAUGAUAAUGGGAACUUCUUUGCAAACAAUUGUUCUUUGCAUAAUAGUAUGGAAAACCAAUUGGGAGGAAGAGGUGGAACAAGCAUCAGAAAGAAUGCGGCGAUGGACUGUAAACGAUGAUGAUGAUGAAGUUCGGUUGAUUAAUUAACCCCUUUGACACUUCAUUACCUUCACGUAGUUUGAUCCAAUUGUUGCACCUCUUUAUUAACUUUAGUGUAGAAUACUAGAAUAGUUUAAUUCUUACGGAGUAUUUUGAGAACUCGUCACUUUUAAAU